CUACUCAGGCUUAUACUUCUACUGAAGAUGAAACUGUUGCCACAGUAAUUGAGGAUGGAACCCAGGAAGAUAAAGCAGAAAACAUGGAGAGCAGAGCCAUGCCUACUCAGGCUUAUACUUCUACUGAAGAUGAAACAGUUGGCACAGUAAUUGAGGAUAGAACCCAGGAAGAUAAAGCAGAAAACAAGGAGAGCACAGCCAUGCCUACUCAGGCUUAUACUUCUACUGAGGAUGAAACUGUUGCCACAGUA